CGGCAGAGCGAAUGAGCGGUGACUAGCUAGUUUCUCUCGUAGCGUUCAGUCAGUUCAGACCUGUGCUUUCGCUGACUGUUGUACACAGUUAUUGUUUAACCGUCAGUCGUUUCUACCGAGCGGGAUUAACGUGAUCGAGGAGUGAAAGAAUAUGCCCAAAAAUAAAGGUAAAGGAGGAAAGAAUCGGCGACGUGGAAAGAAUGAGAAUGAGUCUGAGAAGAGAGAGUUGGUGUUCAAAGAGGACGGACAGGAAUAUGCUCAGGUGAUCAAAAUGCUGGGGAAUGGACGUCUGGAGGCCAUGUGCUUUGAUGGAACUAAGCGGCUUUGCCACAUCAGAGGAAAACUCCGGAAAAAGGUUUGGAUUAACACGUCAGACAUCAUCUUGGUCGGACUGAGAGAUUACCAGGACAACAAAGCUGAUGUCAUCCUCAAGUACAAUGCAGAUGAGGCUCGGAGUUUGAAAGCGUACGGAGAGCUGCCAGAGCACGCCAAAAUCAACGAGACAGACACCUUCGGGCCUGGAGACGAUGAUGAGAUCCAGUUCGAUGACAUUGGCGACGAUGAUGAGGACAUUGACGAUAUCUAAAGUCCUGCCACUGGACGGAGAAGGUGGGAUUUUCCUAGAGAUGCUCCGAUUGGGAUAUUUUCAGCCGAUACACGCACCGAUAAUGAUUAUUUUUAUUAAGAUCAGCCUAUGCCAAUCCAAUACAGUUUAUUAAUAUACAGUAUGUUUCAGUUUAUUCCAGUUUGUUUACCAUCAGUAGACGUCUCUGUUGUUUUUUGAGAACUUAAAGUGCAUUUCACAUAAGGGGGGGAAAAAACGACACCAGUACUCUUAGUUUAUUGUUGACAUAAAUGAAUUUGAGAUGCUGCUUUAGUGUGGCUGUCUGAGUUAUCAGUCGUAGAACUGGAGGGCAAUGCAGCAGGCUGCCUGGUGACUGAAUGAUAACACAGUUAGUUUGCCUUCAUGCAGCUGGAUUGGAGAAUCAGGAGUAGGCUGAUCACCAGCAUCAUAUUUAGGUUGAAUAUCUGGAGCACUUCUAGAUUUUCACCUUUUUGCUUCUAACAUCAACAAAAUGGCAAAUUUGCCAUCACCGAGGUUUUCAUUAGUUUUUUUAUUUUUAUUUUUUCCAUAUUAUCCAAGAAACACUCACUGGCUAUAUAGGGGAGGCUCAGGCCAGUACCAUGACUGCAAAAUAUCUCAUGCGUCAUUCUUUUAAAAAUGUAUUUAUAUUGAUUUCACACUAUGUGGAAUUAGCAACAAGUACAGAAUCUCUGGAUUCGUCAAUAAAAAAGAUAAACCAGUUUGUCUUUUCCUUUGGCAGUCUGUAUCAUUGUAGCCUGUAAGACAGUUUGAAAGCUGUUUAUCGAAGACUGAACAAAGAUAAUAACACUUGGCUCUGUAUCUUUUUGUUGACGUCAUAUUCCACUAACGUCGAUGGUAUUACAGUGAACUAUUUGCUUGUUUUGGAUUGAACCAUGGCCCGAAUGAAGGCGAUCCCUCUCCCCUGACGUCGAAAAGAAGAAUCGAAAUGUAUUUUUCUAUUGUUUCCCUUAUUUGUGUUUUCUGUCUGUCUGUGUUUCCGUGUUCUGUUUUGAACUCUUCGCUGCUCGUUCUGUGGCUUCAACACACUGUCACAGUCUCUCUAGACCAGUGGUUCCCAAACCUUUCCACCACUGACACACACACCAAUAAAACCUCAGAUUAGAGCUCUUUCACGUUCUGUGAACCUCUAUAGAAAAUCAAAUAACAGAUAUACAGAAGUUUAUUUCCUUCUUCAGCCCCCUCUGGAAACUGCCCCAUGUUCCCUGAGGGGGGCCAGCACCUCACUUUGGGAGCCACUGCUCUGGACCACAUGGGGCCUGUUGUUGUUGCUGUAACUCUGAAUUAAUAAAAAAAAUGUACUAUGAUGUUUGAAGGCUGGGUUUCCAAUAAAGAUCUUAACUCCA